AGCACAGUUUAUAGAAGGUAACUGGGUUAGAAGCCAGCAAUGAAUUUCAGCAACCAAAAAGAGAGGAGGAAAAAAAACAAUCAAAGGAAAAGGGUGUUACUUCAAACAAGGGACCAAGAAGACAGCAUCGACGACCCUCCGCUCUGUGUCUCCGACUCCAACCGGAUGUUCAGCUGGGAGUCGCUCAAAGCUGUCUGGCAUGGUCAUAAACUAGACUUUUUGAAAUCGGCGCACCUUGGCUAUGAAGCACCCAACAGUGAAGUUGUGCAGCUUGAAGACUCCAAAAGGAGCAGGAUUCUUGAGUAUGCGAAAGGCAAGAGGCCACUGAUUUUAAAUUUUGGCAGUUGUACCUGACCGCCGUUUAUGACACGCCUGAAGGCGUUUCAGCAGGUUAUAAAGCAGUACGCUGAUAUAGCAGACUCCUUACUUGUAUAUAUUGAAGAAGCGCAUCCGUCUGAUGGAUGGGUGAGUUCUGAUGCCCCUUACCAAAUUCCCAAACAUCGCUGUCUUGAGGACCGAUUAAAAGCUGCGAAGCUAAUGAACCAAGAGGUACCAGGGUGUUUGAUCGUCGCCGACAGCAUGGAUAACUCAUCGAAUGCCGCAUAUGGAGCUUAUUUCGACAGACUUUACAUCCUACAGGAAGGAAAGAUUGUUUACCAAGGUGGCAGAGGACCAGAGAGAUAUCGAAUCUCUGAGUUGAAGAAUUGGCUUGAUCAGUACAGAAACCAUAUAAAUGAUUCUAUAAACGUUGUUAUUCACGUGUAACUGAAAGUUUGUAGAGAGAAAAGGCUGCUAUCUCGGAGGAAAACCAGGUCAGCUCUUUUUCAAGAGGACAGUUUCAUAAAAGAGUUUUGAAAAUGAUUUUCCUUUAACUCCUGGGCAUAUUUUUCGUAGGUUGUUCUACUUAAUGUGACGUUUUCCCCAAAUGUGGCGAAUAGUUUAUGUGUACAAAAGUGUCUGUAGGCUAGUUGUCAUCUCCGAGUAUAGUGCUUAUCGAAGCGCACGAGUCAAGGCGCGCGAGUGAGUUACCUUCACUCUGUUGUCCUUUCGUAUUGUUGUGAAGGCCGGUUUUUAAAAGGUUUCUAACCAGAAAACCGACACUGAUAUUUUUAAAUACGUGAGGAAAUGGAAGUGAUUAAUGUAUGUUCCCACCCACAAAUCACAUUGUAAAUAAUUCCUUUUUAUCAAACACAUUUCUAAUAAAACGUCUAAUAUAAGUAUCUUGUGGAAGAUAUUUCAUUAUCAUUCAGGUUAGAUUUGUUUCCUAUUACUUUGUUGCGAUAAUGAUUAGAUUAUGCGUCAGGUAACCAAUUUACGAUUGUCCUAAUCGUUGAUGUUUCUCUUAUUUUACGCACCUUACUCCCAUCACGCACGCUCAUGAGCGCGCGCACAAAAAAGUACAACUUAUUUUAUGGGAUUUCUGUAGUCUGAUGAAAGUAGCCUUUUCACAUAGUAAAAGCGAUCAAAACCCUUCACGUCCCCCAGAGGUUUAGCCAGGUGUCAUAGACGUGUACCGAAAAAAAGAAAUAAAGCUCUGUUAAUCCGAAUGCUCCAUAUUAUUGGGUCCACGGUACUAAUAUUACAGGUCACGUGGCUUGCUAAACCCUGAUUCCAUGUCUACUGAACAAAACUGAUGUAUUCCUGCGUUUGUAGCAAACUUUUAUUUCAUUCAUAACAUUGUUGAAUAAAUUAAAAAAAAAAUUUUUUGAUAGUCAAGUUCUCAUGAAAUCACUUAUUGAAUGUUUAAUGGCCAAUGAACUUUAUUUUUAUCAGCCCUUCAGUUCAUGGGUUAGAGUUGCUCUUUUUUCAUCAGUGAGCAAAUCUACCACUGUCACUGUUUUAAGAUUAGCUCUUAUAAUGAAUUGUCCUUUUCAAAUUUAGGUUUUCAUUUUUCUUCAUAUACAGUGUCCAUUUUCUUGGCCUUACCUAUGCUGCUGGAGACAUUAUAAGAUACACAGAACAUGUAUCACUGAAAAAUUGUCUCAAAUGAUAUUGUUCAAUCAUUACUAGUGUUUUUGGUACUUGAGUAGACAAAUAGCUUACGCUUGCUUUAUGCUCUUUUGGAGAUAUGAUCAGGAUCAAAUAAGGCAGUACUCAAAUGAGAAACCAUCAGUGAUCAGUUCAAAAUAAUUUAACCAUACAAUAAAUGAUGUUAAAGAUAAAAAGACUGAGCUGUGGGAGAUGGAUCUUGUAUUACUUUGAUUCAGGAGACACCUCCACCCCCCACAUCCCAACCACCACACAAGUAUUUAACUCAUAUUUCAGUGGAUAUAAAGCCCAGUUUGUGAACACUACAUUACAUGCUUUUAGAUGUUAUAAUGCUAAGGUUGGCUGUAAGGUAGUCUGAAAGCAAAAAAGAGGCUGUACUUUUAAAUUUGCAAAUCAGAAAUAAUGUGUACAGUGUCAGAACAAGAUACUCACACUUGAGAAAUGUCAAAUGUAAUCUGCAUUUUAUCCUGCUGUUUAAUGCUGAAUAAACAUUAUUUGUUUGUAAAUCAGCUACAUUUUAUAAAAUCUUCCAAAAUAAUUAGUGUUAAACGCUAAUAUGGAUAAUAUGGAUUUAAAA